AUUUGUUUUCACUGAAAGUUUUAGAUAGAAAAAAUUUAAACAGUACAAAUUCUAGAGAGAGAGAGAGAGAGAGAGAGAGAGAUUGAAGAGGAUAAGGGUACAAAUUAAUUCAGAGAUAUUUUAUUAGAAGUUCUGAGAAGUGAAAUUUUCGAUUUCGUUUGUGAUUUUAAGAGAGGAAGAAGGAAUAAGAAGUAUGGAGUGGACAUAUGUAGAUGAAUAUGAGAAGCUUCUCUUUAGAAUGUCUAGCCCAAGGGUCAUGAUCGACAAUGCCAGUUGUGCAGACGCCACAAUAGUCAUGAUUGAUAGUGCUAGAAAACAUGGAAUUCUUCUUGAAGCUGUUCAAGUUCUUACUGAUUUGAACCUGUCAAUUAAGAAAGCUUACAUUUCUUCUGAUGGUCGGUGGUUCAUGGACGUUUUUCAUGUGACUGAUUUGGAUGGAAACAAAUUAACAGAUGAAAGUGUCCUCAAUUACAUCAAACAGUCCCUUGGGACAAUUCAUUAUGGGAGAUCGAAAAGCUUUGAGGGCCUUACAGCAUUAGAGUUGACGGGUACAGAUCGAGUUGGCCUUCUGUCCGAGGUUUUUGCAGUGCUGUUAAAUUUACAGUGCAAUGUUGUCGAAGCUAACAUGUGGACACACAAUGGUCGAAUAGCAUCCUUAAUUUAUGUUAACGACAACGAUUCUGGAUCCCCGAUUGAGGAUUCACAAAAGAUUGAUAGAAUCGAGGCCAUGUUAAGGAAUGUUCUCAAGGGCGACAAUGAUAUCCGUAGUGCCAAAACAUCAGUUUCCUUGGCUGUCACACAUACAGAAAGGAGGCUGCAUCAGAUGAUGUUUGCUGAUCGCGAUUACGAGAGGAAGCCGCGUAUCAAAACUUGUGAUGAGUCCCUGGUCGUGGCAGUACAGAAUUGUUUGGAAAAGGGUUAUUCUGUUGUAAAUAUUCAGUGUAAGGACCGGACGAAGCUUCUGUUUGAUGUCGUUUGCACAUUGACAGACAUGCAGUAUGUUGUUUUCCAUGCUACAAUUAACACGGCUGGAGACAGAGCCUCCCUGGAAUUUUUCAUUAGACACUUGGAUGGAACCCCGAUUAGUUCGGAAGCUGAAAAGCAACGUGUGAUCCUAUGCUUACAAGCUGCAAUCGAAAGGAGGUCAUCACAGGGUGUAAGGCUUGAACUAAGUACUGAUGAUAGAUUGGGGCUAUUGGCUGAUGUGACACGAACCUUCCGCGAAAACGGCCUAAAUGUGACGAGGGCCGAGAUAUCGACAGCAAUGGAUCGGGCACUAAACGUGUUUUACGUCACGGAUGCACUUGGGAAUCAAGUUGAUUCAAAGAUCAUCGAAUCUGUUCGACAAAAGAUUGGAUUUAGUAAAUUGACAGUGAAGGAAUUACCCUUGAUCUAUCAUCAAAAGGCAGAACGGGAUGAGGCCCCGAUGGGAGCCGGUGGGGCCAUGUUGUUAUCACUCGGAAGCCUUGUGAGAAGGAAUCUAUACAAUUUGGGAUUGAUCAAAUCUUAUUCUUGAUUGAUCAAAAAGGCAUAUUCUUUGCUUCACACAGGUUUCAUGAGCUGGGCAUUUGUACAUAGGAAAAGGUGUUUAAGACGGGGAUUUGGUAUGGUAGUUGUUAUAGUUGAUGUUUGGUUGGUCCAGUAGGUAGACACGUACACAUAGAAGGUGGAUGAUAUGGGGCCCACCUCCCCACCAGUUUUCUUUGGGAAAAUUGUUUGUUUAGAAGAAAAAAUUUGAAUUUUCAAGAUGGAAAAUGGAAGAGAGAAGAAGUGUUUGGUGGGUGGGUUUUAGUUAUAUUUUUCUGCUUCCGUAGUAGUAAUAGGAAAAUAUUGGUUUCACACAGCAUAUAUAUAAUGUACAUGAUUAUUAUUUUUGUAAAAAGUAAAAUAUUAGUUAGUUCUGACGUUUAA